GUGAUAAAGAAUCCACAAACCGCUCAGGACUUUCUACACACCGAAGACGUCACAAAGGAGAGAAAACAUAUUCAUGUUCAGAAUGUGGGAAAUGUUUCACACGGAAAUCACAUGUUAGUAUACAUAUGAGAUAUCACACAGGAGAGGAGCCGUAUUCAUGUUCAGAAUGUGGGAAAUCUUUUUCAAUUAAAUCAAAUCUUGUUUACCAUGAGAGAAUUCACACUGGGAUAAAGCCAUAUUCAUGUUCAGAAUGUGGGAAAUGUUUUACACAGAAAUCACAUCUUGUUACACAUGAGAGAAUUCACACUGGGGAAAAGCCGUAUUCAUGUUCAGAAUGUGGGAAAUGUUUUAGACAAAAAUCAAAACUUGUUACGCAUAAGAGAAUUCACACUGGGGAAAAGCCGUAUUCAUGUUCAGAAUGUGGGAAAGGUUUUUCAAAUAAAGCAAGUCUUGUUACACAUGAGAAAAGUCACACAGGAGAGAAUGCAUAUACAUGUUCAGUAUGUGGGAAAUGUUUUACACAAAAAUCAUAUCGUGUUAUACAUGAGAGAUAUCACACAGAAGAGAAACCAUAUUCAUGUUCAGCAUGUGGGAAACGUUUUACAGACAAAUCAAAACUUGCUAAACAUGAGCGAAUUCACACAGGAGAGAAACCAUAUUCAUGUUCAGAAUGUGGGAAAUGUUUUACGGAUAAUUCAGGUCUUGUUAAACACUUGAAAAUUCACAUAGGAGAGAAGCCAUAUUCGUGUUCAGAAUGUGGAAAAUGUUUUAUAGAGAAAUCAAGUCUUGUUAUACAUGAAAGAUGUCAUACAGGAAAGAAACCAUAUUCGUGUUCAGAAUGUGGAAAAUGUUUUACAACAAAAUCAUAUCUUGCUACACAUCAGAAAAUUCACACCGGAAGUCACACAGGAGAGAAGCCGUAUUCAUGUUCAGAAUGUGGGAAAUCUUUUACAAUUAAAUCAAAUCUUGUUUACCAUGAGAGAAUUCACACUGGGAUAAAACCAUAUUCAUGUUCAGAAUGUGGGAAAUGUUUUACACAGAAAUCAUAUCUUGUUACACAUGAGAGAAUUCACACUGGAGAAAAGCCGUAUUCAUGUUCAGAAUGUGGGAAAUGUUUUAGACAAAAAUCAAAACUUGUUACACAUAAGAGAAUUCACACUGGGGAAAAGCCGUAUUCAUGUUUAGAAUGUGGGAAAUGUUUUUCAGAUAAAGCAAGUCUUGUUACACAUGAGAAAAGUCACACAGGAGAGAAUGCAUAUACAUGUUCAGUAUGUGGGAAAUGUUUUACACAAAAAUCAUAUCAUGUUAUACAUGAGAGAUAUCACACAGGAGAGAAACCAUAUUCAUGUUCAGCAUGUGGGAAACGUUUUACAGAGAAAUCAAAACUUGUUAAACAUGAGAGAAUUCACACAGGAGAAAAACCAUAUUCAUGUUCAGAAUGUGGGAAAUGUUUUACGGAUAAUUCAGGUCUUGUUAAACACUUGAAAAUUCACAUAGGAGAGAAGCCAUAUUCGUGUUCAGAAUGUGGAAAAUGUUUUAUAGAGAAAUCAAGUCUUGUUAUACAUGAAAGAUGUCAUACAGGAAAGAAGCCAUAUUCGUGUUCAGAAUGUGGAAAAUGUUUUACAAGGAAAUCAUAUCUUGCUUCACAUCAGAAAAUUCACACCGGGUAA